CGAGCCUCGAUAGCAACAGCGUCCAGAGCGCCGCUGUCCUCGAACCGACCGGGUGUCCUCUUAAACUCAGCCAACUACAGCCACUCAACCUCCGACAAAAACAGCAGGCAUGAAGGAGCACAUGCGUCUUCUCCUCGGGCUGCAACUUUUCGCAGCUUGCCUGGUGUUGGGGGUGAACGGUGAUUACUGUGAGGUGAAUGUGUGCAGUAACGGUGGAACCUGUGUGACUGGAGCAGGAGCUCCGUUCAUCUGUAUCUGCCCUGAUGGCUUCUCUGGAGAAACGUGCAAUGAGACUGAGACUGGGCCCUGCAACCCCAAUCCAUGCAAGAAUGAUGCCAUCUGCGAGGUGACAGGCCACUCCCGCCGAGGUGACGUCUUCAGCGAGUACGUCUGCAAGUGCCAGCCGGGCUUUGAAGGAGUCCACUGCCAGAACAGUGUCCAAGGGGCAGAUUUAAUUUCACAAAAAGACGUCAACGACUGUGCCGGCCAGCCAUGUGAGAAUGGUGGCACCUGCAGGGACCUGGACGGAGAUUUCAAAUGCCACUGCCCUUCCCCUUAUGUGGGCAAACAUUGCCAGCUGCGCUGUAUUUCUCUGCUUGGCAUGGAGGGAGGAGGCAUCGCUGAGUCUCAGAUCUCAUGCUCAUCAGUCCGCUACAGCCUGCUGGGCCUGCAGCGCUGGGGACCUGAGCUCUCCCGCCUCCACAACAAGGGACUGGUUAACGCCUGGAGUGCUGCUGCACAUGACAGGAACCCGUGGAUAGAGGUCAACAUGCAGAGGAAAAUGCGUUUCACAGGUAUCGUGACUCAAGGUGCCAGUCGCAUGGGAACAGCUGAGUUCAUUAAGGCCUUCAAGGUGGCCUCCAGCCUGGACGGCAAGACAUACACCAUGUACAGAACAGAGGGACAGAGAAAGGACCAUGUAUUUGUGGGAAACGUGGACAACGAUGGCACCAAGACCAACUUGUUUGACCCCCCAAUCAUUGCUCAGUACAUCCGCAUUGUCCCUGUGGUGUGUCGCAAGGCCUGCACCCUGCGCAUGGAGCUGGUGGGCUGCGAGCUCAAUGGUUGUUCAGAGCCGAUGGGCAUGAAGUCCCGAUUGGUGUCUGACCGCCAGAUCACAGCCUCCAGCACCUUCCGCACCUGGGGCAUCGAGGCCUUCACCUGGCAUCCUCACUAUGCCCGGCUGGACAAGCAGGGCAAGACAAAUGCCUGGACCGCUGCCACCAACAACCGAUCUGAGUGGCUGCAGGUGGACCUCCAGUCUCCAAAGAAGAUCACAGGAAUCAUCACACAGGGGGCCAAAGACUUUGGCUCCAUCCAGUUUGUCAUGGCCUUCAAAGUGGCUCACAGCGAUGAUGGACAGUCUUGGACCAUCGUGAAGGACGAGACCACAAAGGUGGACAAGAUCUUCCCAGGCAACAGCGACAACAAUGUUCACAAAAAGAACAUCUUUGAGCCGCCGUUCUACGGCCGAUAUGUCCGCAUUCUGCCGUGGGAGUGGCACGAGCGUAUCACCGUGCGUAUGGAGCUCCUGGGCUGCGAUGAGUAGCCUCACGCGGUACCCACCUCUGUCCUCUUCCUCCUCCUCUUUCUACCUCCUCCCUCCUUCCUGCCUCCUCUUCCCUCUUUCCCUUCUCCCUCCUGAGCCACACCUGCACUGCCUUGCUCUCAGCCCUAGGGGGCAGCAAACACCAGAGUAGCACCUCACCACCCCAACCCUGGCUGGUUGUGGGUGGGAGAUGUUACCCCUAACCACUGUCACCAUCCCCCAGAUUGAGUAAACCUCGCAAAUCACCUUUUUUUUUUUCGUUUCCUGAAUUGAUCACUCAUCUUUUCCACCUGAACCAAAUCUGUGACCGCUUCAAGAAACGACAGUAUUUCAUAUUUAUUGCUGGGGUCAGAUUUUUAUCCUACCUACUGGCUAAAUCAAAGCUGGUGAAUCCCUCAUCCCUGUGUCAGAGGUCAGGGGUAACAAUACUGCUGCUGUAUCAGUUGGUGCUGCCUGGACUCUGAUCCUAGAUCAGUUCUACCUGGAACGUUGAACCUCCAAGACCCAUGGCUGGUGAUGUACAUAAGCUCCACUUAACAGCUUGCACAUGCCCUAUAACCAAACACUUGACCCCGCCCCCCCAGGACACCAGAACAUAUAUAUUAUCUUUAGAGGAUAUAUUGAUGCUUUUGGUUGAUUAUUUUUCUUGUUGAGUUUUUGUGUUUGUUGAGGAAAAAAUAAUAGACUAAAAAUCUCAAGAUGUUCCUCUGUGUGUGCUACAGUAUUCCCAGUAUUUUCUUGCAGUUCACAUUUUCUACAAUACAGAUUGUUUGAACUGCUUUUAGAGGGCAACAUUAAGGAUGACAGUAUUCACUUUGGUAAAACAUAUGUGUAGUAGGAAAUAACAGAAGUGCAAACAUCCCACUAUCUACAAAUCCUUAUUUUUACCGAACCUGUGUGUGAAAUCGUGGUCCAGCUUUUACAAAGUUGCACGUUUGGCUACAUUUGGCCAAAUCGGGUUGAAGUUUUGUGCCAACACACCCUCAGGUUUUUGUUUCUGUGGGUUAAUGUAGAAAAAUAUAGUAUGGUGCACUGAUGCAGAUCCACACAAAACAGAAGAGGGAUCAGAUACAUUGAAUUUCAUGUCAUGUGGGACAUAAUCCGUCAAUGAACCAUCUUAGUCAGUCAGUUUAGCAGCCAAACAGAUGUGAUCUCAAAGCCGGAGGAGACGCCCUCAUUGACAGACAGGAUGUUAUAAACAAAGAACAAAAAGAGUUUAAAAUUAGUGUUUAGUGAAAGAGUAAGGAGACACUUUAUUGCUCCUGAGGAAAUGGCUGUUGACUGUGACAGUGAUUGCAGUAUUCACAUCCACAAUACAUCACAUCUCCAGAUGUGGAUCAAAUUUCCUGAGGUGGUUUAUUUAAAAAAGAAAAAUCACAUUCAUGGUCAAUUUAUAGUUAAUUAGUCAGUGACAGUAUUAAAUCAAUAAUCACCCAAGAACUGUGUGUGUUACUUAUUGAUUAGCAUCAUAAACUGAGAGAUUAACACUUGCGUAGAGGCUGCAAGUUUAAAAUUAACGAUGGACGUCUCAGGUCGAAGCAGAUCUGCUCCUAAUGUACAGCAAAUGCUACUGAAAUAUUACUAAUCCACUCACUCAGUCACUCACUCAGCUGUGCUUCUAGUUGUGUUCACCCAGUUUCACUUUUUUUAUGGCACUUUGAUGUUUGUGUUUUGAUAUUUGAAAUAUCCAAAAACCAAAAAAACAAACAAACAAAUAAACAGUAUUGUGCAUUGAAGAACAAACUGUAAACAUAUUCACUAUUUCAUGUUAAGGUAAAAAAAAAAAAAAAAGAAAGAAAAAAGAAAUGAAAAUAGAUUUGCAGUUCAGUUUCUUUGUUAGAUUUGAAAGUCUUGCAA